AUGCCUGAAUUACCCCGAGCAUACCUAUUUGGAGGACCACACCCUUGGUCGCAGGAUGACUGGACUUCAUCCGAUGACCGAGUGCGAGGCGGAUCCUCGUACUCCACACUAGUCCGCUCUCCCACCGGCCAAACGGCUGCCUUCCAAGGCAAUUUGGAUAUCGAAACUCUCGGGGGAGCUGGAUUCGCAUCGCAGCGCACGACCGGUGAGCGAUGUUGGGACCUGUCGGCGUAUGACGGGUUAGAGUUAAAUAUCGACGAGGCCGAUAGCAAGUUGUACACGAUCACUCUGAAGAACGAAAUCUUGCCCAAAAGGCCCGACGGCCGCGAACAAAGUAGCGUCAGUUGGGAGAUCGACUUCCGCACGCCAGAGACGGGCAAGGUGGUGGUGAAAUGGGCGGGUUUUAAAGCGACAUAUCGCGGAAGGGAGAUGAAGAACCCACCCUGUCUGGACUUGACUAAUAUCAAGAGAAUGAGUAUUAUGAUGCGAAGUUUUUUUGGGACGCAACACGGGGAUUUCUCGCUGCGUCUCGUGUCAAUUGCCGCGUUUCGAGGAAAUGAGAGCAAGGCUUUGGAUAACAAAGGAGGUCCGGUUGUCACUGCUUGCGAGGAAGUAGCCGGGGAACCAGAGAGUCAAGACAAUUUGGGAACAUCAUGUUGUGUGAUAUUAUAG